AUGGAUCAGAUGACGGAUUCGGAUAUGGAUCAACAACGGCAAGGCUAUUUUCAAUCUGAACAUUGUGUUCUUAUGAGAGGUCCCAGUGUCGGACAUCCUAAUAUCCGAUCGGUGGUGACUGCUUCAGGGAACACAUCUAAUGGCGAUUCUCACUAUUUACCAGAUGCUUAUGACAAUGCUAGGGUGUAUGGGAUUUCACAAUACAACGGCAUUCAGCCUCAACAUAAUCUUGAUAUGGGCGUUGCAACUGCAGGCAACAUAUACUAUUCUGGCAUGAAUCCUUCUUCGAGUACCGGCGUUUACCCUCUGCCUCAUAGAGCCUCUGAUCAGAUGCCAGGUUCAAGUACAUUCGCAAUUUCCGGAGUUUCCUUGGAUAAUUUCGGAAGAAGCAAUGGUUUUGUGGAUGACGGAAGAGGUCCGUACAAAAGGAAAAUUGCUGAAGGAAUAAGAGGAAACCACCAACAUUUUAAUGCUUCAACUAGUUCUUCUAUUGCUCCCCCAAAUGCAAGACACCCUGAUGGGGUUGCUAUGAUGGAUACUGCGCCAUUGCCAUUCCGCGUCCCUUCGCUCAUUGGAGUAGGGCCACAUGGUGGUGCUUGGAGCAGGUCAGGUGAGUCUAUUAUGAUGCAUGACCAUAACCAUUUGAUACACGGAAACUAUUUGGGGCAGCACUUUCCACCAGCGGCUCCUCCUUGGUUGGACCAGCAAGUGAAUAGUAAUAGUAAUGAUGGCCAUUCUACAGCUUGGAAUCCGCCUGUUCCAAUGCCUUACAUACAAGCACCCAAUAUUAACGGAGGUUCAUUAGAGAGUGCAAGUAUGGGUUUGCAGCGGUAUCACGAGGCAGCCGGUAACAGAAAUGUCCUGAGGUUUCCUCCUCCGCCUCCUCCUGUCAACCAACAGCACCCUAAUUAUCAUCACCCAACACUUCCAAUGCAAGGAAUAAGAGGUCACAAUAUCAACUUUCAUCCUCCGGUGACUGCAGCUUCAUUCAGGGUUCCACCAAAUCCUCCUCGCGGUUCCGUGAUCCCUCCACCGACUGGUUUUGAGGCAGGUCCCAGGCAUAUUAUCCCUGCACCAUCAACAGGCUUCCGGAUAUACCGACCUCACAGGCUCAUGCCAGAGACAGCUCUCGCACAUCGAAGUCUACCUCCCGUGGGCUUCCUCCAAGUUGACGAUGUUGCUUUAAUUGAUGAAGUGGGAAAUCUGAUUGAUCAUCACCGAGAUAUGCGCCUGGACAUAGAGGACAUGUCUUAUGAGGAUCUUCUUGCAUUGGGCGAGAGGAUUGGCAGUGUAAACACUGGCUUAUCAGAGGAAACAAUUGCGAAUAAGCUAAAGACGAAGAUUUAUUCAACAAAAGCCACUGCUAUUAAUCUGGAGGAGGCAGCUUCUGACGAUCAGGAAUCUGAUUCCUGCAUCAUAUGUCAGGAGGAGUUUAAGAACAAGGAAAAGAUCGGCAUUCUUCGAUGCGAGCAUGAGUAUCACGUAGAUUGCCUGACGAAGUGGUUGCUUGUGAAGAACGUCUGUCCUAUAUGCAAAUCAGAAGCCUUGGCUACUGGAAGGAAGGAUGCAUAG